CCUCCCUGUGCAGUGGUGGGGGGACAGGGAAUGCAGGGGUGUCGGGGUGCUACUGUCCCCCGCUUUGUGCCUUCGGCCCCUUUGGGGCUGGGAAGGGGCCAUGUGUCUGUGUGUCCCCGGCUGUGUCCAUCUGUCCCCUCCCGGCAAGGCCAAAAGGGGCUGUGUCUGUCCGUGUCCCCCCCCCCGCCCCGGGGGCCGUGUCUCUCCGUCCCCUCUGGGGCCAGGCAGGGACUGUGUGUCCGUCCCCUGUGCUGGGGCUGUUAGUCCCAGCCGGGCUCUGUCUGUCUGUCUUUCCAUCCCCGGACGCAAAGUCAUCAUCUGUCUGUCCCCAAGGCUCUGUCUGUCUGUACCCAUCUGGCUGUUGUCCAGCCCAGGGGCUGGCUGGCUGUCUCUCCAUUCCCUGGCUGUGUGUCCAUCUCUGCUCGUCUGUGAGUCCAUCUGUCUGUGGGUCCCAUCCCCAUCUGUCCCUCUGUCCAUCCCUCUCCGCAGGUCUGUAUCUGCCCGUCUGUCCGUGGGUCCCAUCCACCCACCUGUCUGUCCCCAUCCGUGUGUCUGUCCCCGUCCGUGGGUCUGCCUGGCGGGCAAUGGGGGUGUGGGGAUGGGUGCUGGCACUGCUGGUGCUGGGGGCCGGGGCCCCGGGCGGGGCAGGGGACGGCCUGGACUUCCCCACAUACGACGGGCUGGACCGGGUGCUGCCCGUCACCCUGAAGAACUACAAGGCGAUGCUGAAGCGGUUCCCAGUGCUGGCCCUGCUCCACCACCACCCCAGCCAGGGUGACCGGGCGGCCCAGCGCCACAGCGAGAUGGAGGAGCUCAUCCUGGAGCUGGCAGCCCAGGUGCUGGAGGACAAGGGAGUGGGCUUCGGCCUCGUGGACUCUGAGAAAGACGCAGCUGUGGCCAAAAAGCUGGGCCUGACAGAGGAGGACAGCAUCUACGUGUUCAAGGAGGAUGAGGUGAUCGAGUAUGAUGGGGAGCUGGCAGCAGACACGCUGGUGGAGUUCCUGCUGGAUGUGCUGGAAGACCCGGUGGAGUUCAUUGAGGGUGACCAUGAGCUCCAAGCCUUCGAGAACAUCGAGGAUGACCCCAAACUCAUCGGCUACUUCAAGAACAAGGACUCAGAGUACUUCAAGGCCUUCGAGGAGGCGGCAGAGGAGUUUCACCCCUACAUCCCCUUCUUCGCCACCUUUGACAGCAAGGCGGCUAAGAAGCUCACCCUGAAGCUGAACGAGAUCGACUUCUACGAGCCCUUCAUGGAGGAGCCACUGACCAUCCCCGACCGGCCCAACAGCAAGGAGGAGAUCAUGGCCUUCGUGGAGGAGCACAAGCGGGCCACUCUGCGGAAACUCAAACCCGAGAGCAUGUAUGAGACCUGGGAGGAUGACAUGGACGGGAUCCACAUUGUGGCCUUCGCAGAGGAGGAUGAUCCGGAUGGGUUUGAGUUCCUGGAGAUCCUGAAGGACGUGGCCCGGGACAACACGGACAACCCUGACCUCAGCAUCCUCUGGAUCGACCCUGAGGAUUUCCCACUGCUCAUCCCUUACUGGGAGAAAACCUUCAACAUCGACCUGUCCCGUCCCCAGAUUGGGGUGGUCAACGUCACCGACGCCGACAGCGUGUGGCUGGAGAUGGCGGACGAGGACGACCUGCCCAGCCCGGCAGAGCUGGAGGAGUGGAUCGAGGACGUGCUGGCAGGCGAGAUCAACACCGAGGACGACGACGAGGAUGAUGACGAUGAUGAUGAUGAUGACGAUGACGACUAGGCCUUGUGCUGGGCCUCCGUACCCGUCCCUGUCCUUGAGCGAGCCAUUAAAGUACCCAAAGAA